GCUCGGCUCGGCGCGGCCGCCGCGGGAGCAUCCUCCGCCGCCGCCCGUCCCCGGGGCGCCGGGCAGCAUCCCCCGCCCCGGGCAGAUGUUGGGGCGCGGAGGGGACAGGCAGAGCCGCUAAGGGCGGCCCGCCCCGCGGGUGGGGGCCAGCACCGGCAGCGGGGGCCGCCCCGCCGCCGCCUCCCUGCCCGCGGCUCGGCCGGCUCGGGCCCCCGGAGGCACGGCGAGGAGGAGCUACGGAGCCCGCGGACGGCAGGGCAGGACGAGGGGGGCGGCCCGGCCCCGGCCCCGGCGGGGGACGAGGCAGUGGCUCGCCCGGCCAUGUCACUCCGGCGCUGAAGCCGCCCCGCCGCAGCCCCCAGCCCCCCGGCCCCGCCAUGGCCGCGCCACUCUAGGUGUCCCACCGGCUCGCCCCUCGUCGCCCCGGCUCCCCCGGGGCUGCCGGCCGGAGGAUGGACGAAGAUGGACCGCGAGCGGCCGAGGAGGAUCCGGAGCCGGGCAGAGCCAAGACUUUCAUCCGCCUUAAUGACCUGUCCGGGGCCGGGGGCCACCCGGGGCCGGGGGACAGGGAGGCGGGCAGCGGCGACUCGGAGGCGGAGGCGCUGCCCUACCCGGCGCUGGCCCCCGUCGUCUUUUUCUACCUGAGCCAGGAGAGCCGGCCACGGAGCUGGUGCCUCCGGCUGGUCUGUAACCCGUGGUUUGAGAGGGUCAGCAUGCUGGUGAUCCUGCUCAACUGCGUGACACUGGGCAUGUUCCACCCCUGCGAGGACAUCGCCUGCGACUCACCACGCUGCAGGAUCCUCCAGAGCUUUGACGACUUCAUCUUUGCCUUCUUUGCUGUGGAAAUGAUUGUCAAAAUGAUCGCGCUGGGCAUUUUUGGGAAGAAAUGCUACCUGGGAGACACGUGGAACCGCCUGGACUUCUUCAUCGUCAUUGCAGGGAUGCUGGAGUAUUCCCUGGACCUGCAGAACGUCAGCUUCUCAGCCGUCCGCACCGUCCGAGUCCUGCGGCCACUCAGGGCCAUUAACAGGGUCCCCAGUAUGCGCAUCCUGGUGACGCUGCUUUUGGACACGCUGCCCAUGCUGGGGAACGUCCUCCUCCUCUGCUUCUUUGUCUUCUUCAUCUUUGGCAUUGUGGGAGUCCAGCUGUGGGCAGGUUUGCUCAGGAACCGCUGCUUCCUCCCUGAGAACUUCAGCAUCCCCUACACGGUGGAUUUGGAGCGGUACUACCAGACAGAGAACGAAGAUGAAAACCCCUUCAUCUGCUCCCAGCCCCGGGAGAACGGGAUGCGCUACUGCCGGAGUAUCCCAACGCGGAGGGAAGAGGGUCUGGAGUGCACCCUGGAUUAUUAUUCCUAUAACGACACCACCAACACGUCUUGUGUGAACUGGAACCAGUACUACACCAACUGCUCUGCUGGGGAGCACAACCCCUUCAAGGGAGCCAUCAACUUCGAUAACAUUGGCUACGCCUGGAUCGCGAUCUUUCAGGUCAUCACGCUGGAAGGCUGGGUGGACAUCAUGUACUUUGUCAUGGAUGCACACUCCUUCUACAACUUCAUCUACUUCAUCCUCCUGAUCAUUGUGGGCUCCUUCUUCAUGAUCAACCUGUGCCUGGUGGUGAUAGCGACACAGUUCUCCGAGACGAAGCAGCGCGAGAGCCAGCUGAUGAAGGAGCAGCGUGUGCGCUACCUGUCCAACGCCAGCACCCUCGCCAGCUUCUCAGAGCCAGGCAGCUGCUACGACGAGCUCCUCAAGUACCUGGUUUACAUUGCCCGGAAAGGCAGCAAGCAGCUGGUGAAGGCCUACAGGGCGGCAGGCGUGAGGAUGGGCUUCCUCAGCAGCCCCACGAGCAAGGCAGGAGCCGAGCGGCACGCCAGGAAGCGCCGGAGCAGGAAGAGAUCCUCCGUGCACCACCUCAUCCACCACCAUCACCACCACCACCACCACUACCACCUGGGCAACGGGAACCUGCGGGCGCCCCGUGCCAGCCCAGAGAUCAGCGAUGUGGAGACCAGCUCACUGCACAACGGGACCAACCGGCUGAUGCUCCCUCCCUCGGCACCCAACUCCCUGGGGGCCCCCAGUGCCUCUCCCAGCAACACCGAGUCUGUGCACAGUAUCUACCAUGCCGACUGCCACUUCGAGCCGGUGUGCUGCCGGUCGUCCCUGACACAGCCAAGCCUCGGCUUGCCAAGCCCAGAGGGGAUCCCCAAGAACAUCGUGGGCAGCAAGGUGUACCCCACAGUGCACUCCAGCACCUCCCAUGAGAUGCUGAAAGAGAAGAACCUGGGGGAGGCGGCGGUGGGUGCUGGGAGCAGCACCUUGACGAGCCUCAACAUCCCGCCCGGGCCGUACAGCACCAUGCACAAGCUGCUAGAGACACAGAGCACGGGGUUCUUUUCAGUCCAUGUUACAGAGAAAGGUGAUGGCUUUCCAGGUCCCUGCCAAAGCUCUUGCAAGAUCUCCAGCCCCUGCACCAAGCUGGAUGGUGGGUCCUGCACCCCCGAGAGCUGCCCUUACUGCCUCACAGCACUGGCAGGCGAGGCCGAGCUGUCGGACAACGAGACGGCUGACUCAGACAGCGAGGGGGUCUAUGAGUUCACACAGGAUGCCCACUACAGUGACCAGCGGGACCCACAGCGGGGCAGAGCCCGGGCCAGGAGAGCCAGGCGGGUGCUGGCCUUCUGGCACAUGGUGUGUGAGACCUUCCGGAAGAUUGUCGACAGCAAAUAUUUCGGCCGUGGGAUCAUGGUGGCCAUUCUCAUUAACACGCUCAGCAUGGGGAUCGAGUACCACGAGCAGCCAGAGGAACUUACCAAUGCCCUGGAGAUCAGCAACAUCGUCUUCACAAGUCUCUUUGCCCUGGAGAUGCUGCUGAAAGUCCUUGUUUAUGGUCCUUUUGGCUACAUUAAGAAUCCAUACAACAUCUUUGAUGGGAUCAUUGUGGUGAUUAGCGUGUGGGAGAUCGUGGGCCAGCAGGGCGGGGGGCUCUCGGUCCUGCGCACCUUUCGUCUCAUGCGGGUGUUGAAGCUGGUUCGCUUCAUGCCAGCCCUGCAACGCCAGCUUGUCGUCCUCAUGAAGACCAUGGACAACGUGGCCACCUUCUGUAUGUUGCUGAUGCUCUUCAUCUUCAUCUUUAGCAUCCUGGGGAUGCACCUCUUUGGCUGUAAGUUUGCUUCGGAGCGGGAUGGUGACACUCUGCCCGACAGGAAGAACUUUGACUCCUUGCUCUGGGCCAUCGUCACUGUUUUCCAGAUUUUGACCCAGGAAGACUGGAACAAGGUCCUUUACAAUGGGAUGGCCUCCACCUCAUCCUGGGCUGCUCUCUACUUCAUCGCUCUCAUGACGUUUGGGAAUUACGUUCUCUUUAAUCUGCUGGUGGCCAUCCUGGUAGAGGGUUUCCAGACAGAGGAGAUCUCCAAGCGAGAAGAAGCGAGUGGGCAGUUAAGCUGUAUUCAGCUGCCUGUCGACUCGUCGGGGAAAGGCAAACUGGGAGUGCAAGAACAGGGUGAUGCUUCCAAGUCCGAUUCCGAGGGGGAUCUCUUCCCCCGCAGCCUGGAAGAGGAGGGAGGACUUAAGAAAAACUUGUCAAAUCCAGCCUUGAUGGCCCUGAGCGACCACCCGGAGCUGAAGAAGAGCCUGACCCCGCCGCUCAUCAUCCACACGGCCGCCACGCCCAUGCCCAUGCCCAAGAGCGCCGUGUUCGGGGACGCGGCUCAGGGCCACGAGUCCCGCCGGGCCAGCGGCGUCUCCAUGGACCCCGCGGCUGCCUACGAGCUCAAGUCCCCGGUACUCGCAUCACCUCCUCCUGCGGAUGUUCAGUGCGUCCGUGGGGCUGUCCGUCCAUCCAGCCGCCCCCGCCGGCCUGGGGCGGGUGACACGGGGCUGAUGCGCUCCCUGUCCCUGUCCUUCCCGCAGCCCAGCACCCGCAGCUCCCCGCACAGUCCCUGGCGUGCCAGCAGCUCCUGGAACAGCCGCCGCUCCAGCUGGAACAGCAUCGGCCGGGCCCCCAGCCUCAAGCGGCGGGGGCAGAGCGGCGAGCGCAGGUCCCUCCUGUCCGGGGAGGGGAAGGAGAGCUCCGAGGAAGGGGACAGCUCGGAUGAGGAGCACUCCAGCCGGGCCGGCAGCUUCAAUGGCUCUUUGCCUCACCGCAUGGAGUCGCUGGAAACAAAAGGGUCCUUUGACCUCCAGGAUACCCUGCAGGUGCCUUCCCUGUACCGGACCAGCAGCAUGCACAGCACCAGAACCUCUGCUUCUGAGCACCAGGACUGCAAUGGGAGGACCUCUCCGGGUCUGCUGCUGCACCAGCUCCACCUGGAUGAGCCCCACCAGGAUGGUGAUGAUGGCGAUGAUGAAGGCAACAUGAGCAAAAGGGACCGCAUGAAGGCCUGGGUACGGGCACGGCUCCCCACCUGCUGCAAAGAGAGGGACUCCUGGUCCAUCUACAUCUUUGCCCCUCACUCCAGAUUCCGUCUGAUGUGCAAUAAAAUCAUCACUCACAAGAUGUUUGAUCACGUCGUCUUGGUGAUCAUUUUCCUGAACUGCAUUACCAUUGCCAUGGAACGACCCAAAAUUGAGCCUCACAGCGCUGAACGGAUUUUCCUAACACUCUCCAACUACAUCUUUACAGUCAUCUUCCUGGCUGAGAUGACAGUUAAGGUGGUGGCACUAGGCUUGUGUUUUGGGGAGAAAGCCUACUUGAAGAGCAGCUGGAACGUGCUGGAUGGGGUGCUGGUGCUCAUCUCCGUCAUCGACAUCCUGGUCUCGAUGGUGUCAGACAGCGGCACGAAAAUCCUGGGGAUGCUGCGGGUUCUGAGGCUGCUGAGGACGCUGCGGCCCUUGAGAGUCAUUAGUCGAGCCCAAGGACUGAAGCUGGUGGUGGAGACUCUCAUGUCAUCCUUGAAGCCCAUUGGGAACAUUGUGGUCAUCUGCUGUGCCUUUUUCAUAAUCUUUGGGAUCUUGGGAGUUCAGCUUUUCAAAGGCAAGUUUUUUGUCUGUCAGGGGGAGGACACCAGAAACAUCACAAAUAAAUCGGAUUGUACAGAAGCAAGCUACAAAUGGGUCCGGCACAAGUAUAAUUUUGAUAAUCUCGGCCAGGCCCUGAUGUCUCUCUUUGUCCUGGCCUCUAAGGACGGGUGGGUGGAUAUCAUGUAUGAUGGCUUGGAUGCUGUGGGAGUCGACCAGCAGCCAGUCAUGAACUACAACCCAUGGAUGCUCCUCUACUUCAUUUCCUUCUUGCUGAUCGUGGCCUUCUUCGUCCUCAACAUGUUUGUGGGGGUGGUGGUGGAGAAUUUCCACAAGUGUCGGCAGCACCAGGAGGAGGAAGAAGCCAAGAGGCGGGAGGAGAAGAGGCUCCGCAGGCUGGAGAAAAAGAGAAGGAGUAAGGAGAAACAGAUGGCUGAUCUAAUGCUGGAUGAUGUAUUAAUGGAGAGCUCAGCCAGUGCAGAGCAAGAAGCUCAGUGUAAGCCCUACUACUCGGAUUACUCCCGUUUCCGCCUGCUGAUUCACCAGAUGUGCACCAGCCACUACCUGGAUCUGUUCAUCACCGGCGUCAUCGGCCUCAACGUCAUCACCAUGGCCAUGGAGCACUACCAGCAGCCAAAGGUUCUUGACGAAGCCCUGAAGAUUUGCAAUUACAUCUUCACUGUUAUCUUUGUCCUGGAAUCUGUUUUCAAGCUUAUUGCCUUCGGGUUUCGCCGCUUCUUCCAAGACAGAUGGAACCAAUUAGAUCUGGCAAUCGUGCUGCUGUCUAUCAUGGGCAUCACUUUGGAAGAGAUCGAGGUGAACGCUUCACUACCAAUUAACCCCACGAUUAUCCGGAUCAUGAGGGUUCUCAGAAUCGCUCGAGUGCUGAAGUUGCUGAAGAUGGCUGUGGGGAUGAGGGCCCUCCUGGACACCGUGAUGCAAGCGCUGCCGCAGGUGGGGAAUCUGGGUCUUCUCUUCAUGUUGUUGUUUUUCAUAUUUGCAGCUCUUGGAGUGGAGCUGUUUGGAGACCUCGAGUGUGAUGACACACACCCCUGCGAGGGGCUGGGACGGCAUGCCACGUUCAGGAACUUUGGUAUGGCCUUCCUGACUCUCUUCCGAGUAUCCACAGGAGACAACUGGAAUGGGAUAAUGAAGGACACGCUGCGUGACUGUGACCAGGAGUCCACCUGUUACAACACCGUCAUCUCCCCCAUCUACUUCGUCUCCUUUGUGCUGACAGCCCAGUUUGUCCUGGUGAACGUGGUGAUCGCGGUGCUCAUGAAGCACUUGGAGGAGAGCAACAAGGAGGCAAAGGAGGAGGCAGAGCUCGAAGCAGAACUAGAGAUGGAGAUGAAGACCAUCAGCCCUGGCCAGCACAGCCCCUCGGACAUCUUUGCGUGGAGAGGCACCACUGGUGGAGAGAGACCCGAGAGCCCCCGCAGGUUUACCAAUCCCAUGCAAAUCAAGGUGGAUUCUCAGCUCUCACUAGCUUAUCAUAUGGAAAGGCACUUGUUUGAUACCAUAUCACUGCUGAUCCAGGAAUCUCUGGAAGGAGAGCUGAAGCUGAUGGACAACCUGUCAGGCUCUGUGUGCCAUCAUUAUGCCCUCCCAGCUCCCGAAUAUUACAACUCUGAGAACCAGAUCCCUCUAGCUGAGAUGGAGGCUCUGUCUCUGACGUCAGAUAUUCUCUCUGAAAAGUCCUGGUCCUUAGCUCUGACGGAUGACUCUUUUCCUGAUGACAUUAACACACACUUACUUAGUGCUCUGGAAAGCAAUGCUGAUCUCCACUCCAAGGACGACACGCUGACCCUGUCCCCCAGCAAGGACCUGCUGAGCGUGAGGAAGCCCUCAGUGGGACGCACGCAUUCCUUGCCAAACGACAGCUACAUGUUCCAGCCUCCCUACUCCAGCCCCUGCCCUGCCUCCCUGGGCGACAGGAAGCCGGCACAUCACAAGUCCCAGUCAGGUUCAAAGGCGUCAGUGCAGUCGCAGCCAGCAGACACCAGCUCUCUCCUGCAAAUCCCAAAGGACCAUUUCCACCAUGUAAGAGCUCACGACCAUUUGGUGGGGGAGAGCAAGCCCCAGGUCUCCCAGCAGGUGCACUCGCCUUCUGCUGAAAGGCUGCUCCGCAGACAGAUGGCUAUAAGGAAUGACUCUCUGGAUAGCAAGGAGAAUCUCCACACCGAGGUGAGUGAGCUCUCUGACCCAAAUGUCCCCACUGUGCCCAAGGAGGAGUCACCAGUGGCUCUGACGCCCUCAGAAGCGAAUGAGUUGGCUGCCUGGAGUCGGGCGAGUGUCCAUACGCAGCAGCAUUCCCACAAUCAGUAUAAUAUUUCAAAGCAGGCACCAGCAUCCUGUGCUUGUGCAGACUCGUAUCAGGAGACCCCUGAAGACUCAAUGGACCAAGAAGUAUCUGAAAUAAACAGCUCCUCGGAGCCUUUCACUUCAGAAACUUGCACAGCCUCGAGUGCCUGUUCAGAGGGUCAGCCUCUCACUCCUAAGAGGAACGUGGGCAAUACCGGCAAUGUGACACUGAAGGACCUGAAGAAAUACCACAGUGUAGACACCCAGGGUCUGCUAAAAAAACCGCCCUCUUGGUUAGAUGAUCAAAGGAGACAUUCAAUAGAGAUUUGUUCCAUGGAAAACAGCCCUCAGCACCAUUCCACAUCCAGCUCCUCUGGCUUUAUAAGUCAGGUGGUCAGUGAAAUGGAAGGCUUGCAAGGAACGCGGCAGAAGAAGAAACUGAGCCCUCCCUGUAUAUCUAUAGAUCCACCUGAUGGGCAGAGUUUGGUACCUAGGGGACCUCACAGCAUCUCACCUGCCAGUGGAGAUGUUUGCUUGAGGAGGCGUGCUCCGUCCUGUGAGUCCAAGGAUUCAAUGGAUAUAGGGGAUUCUCUGCUUCCAGACAGUAUGUCAACAUCUCCUACCCCAAAGAAAGACUUGUUGACACUUCCUAGCUUUUCCUUUGAUCAAACGGAAAUGGACCCCUGAGUUACUUUUCUGUUGGUGCCAAAUGUUUUCUUCCCUUCAUGUAAUAGAGAAAAAAAAAAUUUAAAAAAACUCUGUACUCCAAAAUGGCACUGGGUAAAAAAUUUCCAAAGAAAGAUUAAAGAACCAGCUGGUUAAAAGAGUGGUUAACCUAUAUCACGCUUACUUAAGCAUAUGUUCUGCUUAGGUAAAAGCAAUACAAUGUGCAGAAUCUAUAUGUAUAUUAUAUUUUAUUAAAUUAAUUGAAUCUAGCAUUGCGGGAUGUAGUACAUUUUGUGACUAAAGACUCAUUUAAUUUUCUUCUAUUUUAUGUAUCUCAGAAUAUUUCUGAGAUAAAGUUGGUUUUUAUGAAUAUUUUAACCUAAAAAAUAUAUAUAUUUAAUCCCUUCUCUUUUUUUUGUUUUGUUUUGUUUGGGUUUCAUUUUGUUUUGCAAAGCACAAAAUGUAGCCAAUUAGUGCAUUACAGAAGAAAUGUAUCCCACAGUCAGCAGUAAAUAAGGAUUAUUUAAUGUAAUUUAUUUUUCCCCUUGGACUUCAAUGAUAUUCUGGGAAAACGAUUGUUUGCGUAGUACAGAAGCGCAGUGGCAAUUUUUUAACAGAAUAUUCCAAUCUUGCAUAAAAUUGACAUUCAGAGUGUGAAAGCAAGUGCUCAGACCCAGGAAGGUCCAACAUGCUGAUAGAUGUCUGAGGACGGUGAAGGCAGAGCCAUUUAACAGUACAAGAUACUGGAUUAUGAAAGGAUGUUGUAGAUCAUCCACUGGCAACUCACAAAGUCACGUCCAUGGUUAAUUUUCAUAUGUGCCUAGGAAACAGGCAACAAAGGCCUGUGGUCACUUCCAAGAUGUUUUUCCAGUGUCUCCAGGAUGGACUAUUUAUUUUGCCGAGUUUUACACCUCCCUCAUCCCUCUGUUUGCAGUGGAGCUCCUCCUCUCUGCACUCUGUGGAAAGGAGAGCGAGGUCAAGUUUAGGACUUGCAGUGGGUGAAUUCGGGGCAGACGUGGCACAGCAGUGGGCUUAAGCACAUGCCUAAAGUUAAACUCUUGCCUAAAAUGCCUGGAGGUUGAUCAUAUUUAAAUAAUUCUUGAAAAUUAAAAUCAUAUGCUUAUGUUCUACAGAAUCAAGGCACUUCUGCAAGUUAUUUUACAGAUUACAUGAAAGAAAGUCUGCAGGUACUGAAAUGACUGCUGAUUUUCAGUAAAACAGCCAGGUAUUUUGCUAUCACUGCUAGAGGUAAUUUACAUGACCCCAACUGCAAUUUUAUUUCCAAUCUAUCAAUAGCCUUAAGCAGCAACAUGAUGAUAUAAAGUAGAUAAACCCAGAAUUCAUGUCUUACUUUGUAACAUUAGUCAUCUCAGAAAUUACCUGUUUACUCCUGUGCUAAUGCCCACUGCCAAAAGCAAUCUGUAAAACUGGACAGCACAGCCUGAAAACCAUGAGAAGAUGGCCCCAUUCGACACCUCCCCUCCUCACAUGACUGAUGGAAGCCAGACAUUAACUCCACUCCACUUCCAUGAAAUCACAUUAAGAUGUAGGCUAAAUUAGACUGCAGGCAUGCUUUGAAGUGUGCCAACAGUCACAGGUUUAAAACCAAGUCCACGAAUGGUGCCUCUGAACCAGCACAGGGAGGAGGAGGAUUUGUGCUAAUUCUGUCAGUCGGGAGUUUGUAACUUUUUGAGAACUACUGAUCUUUUCAAAUCACUACAACAUGCUGAUGUACAGCCUUUUAUCCAUUCAGAGAUUAGGCUACUUCCACCACGUGUAUCUGCAUUAGCUUGGAGUGUACACACAAGGAGAAGAUGCUGUUCGCACCCCACAGCCUAUGUGAGGUCCUAAGCCCCUUUAUUUUCACUUGAGGACAUUUACUCCAUAAUCAAUUCCUACUGAUUUACAUGUCCAGGAGAAAUGUAAGGGCUUUCAGCAGGAAGUCAGGCAAUCAGUGGAUUUGAAGUAGGAGGAUUAACAUUCUGUACUAUUUACUGCAGUUAGAUUAAUUCUUGGCUGGGACAUUUUUCCCCUCUUCACCACAGGCCCAUACAGAACCCACUCUCUUUGAUAUGCCAGCCCAAAUCCAGAGUUAAGCCUGUCUAAAGCAAUGAUUUCAAACAAACCUUUCAUCAGUUCUUCCCCCAGAUCAUAUUUAAGGAAAUAAUAAAAUUACAGUGCAUUAAGCCUGAGAAAUAUUCUUAAUCCCUUUUUGGUUUUACACUCAUAAUGAUCCCUAGCUUUUCCUUUCACAUGUGCUAAAUAGUUUGGGAAACUAGCUAGGCCACUAAAAUUGCCAUCCCUGGUUCCUUAAUGAUUAGGAUCAUGUUCACAUGAUGAUACUACUCUAUAGAUCCUUCCUUACAAAAAACCCACUGAACAUUUUAGCUUGAAAUCAUGGCACAAAACAGUGAUGUGAUGUUAAUCCAAAUGCUCAACUCCAAAUGUAACAGAAAGCCUAAAGGCUGUUCUAUUUUAAUGCUUGGGGUUUUGCCUACUGACAAGGUUUGUGGAAGUCACAGAAAGUUUACAUCAUACAUGAAUAUUCAGUAAAGAGUAGCCAAUAAAAGAUACUCUAUGAUGAUGCAUUCAGGAAAAGAAAUCCAUGUAAAAUAGAUUGUUUUCUAAACCAGAUAGGUUUUUUCUAGAUGCCCUUUUGAAAGACAAAUACAAAUGUACUGCAGCCUGUGCAAUAAUACUCAAAUCAUUUUAAAUACCUUCGGGGGGGUUUUAUAGAAUUUGACUUUUUUAAACAAAAUGUACAAAAUCCACAGGAAUUCUGUAGAAUGGUUAUGUUGAUAGAAUUUUUUAUAUUUUUGUAGAAAUCUAUAGAGAAAUUGUUAAAAGUCUGCGUAGCAUCUUGGCAACAGAAGCAGCACUUAUCUACAAGUUUCUUUUCAUAAACCUGGAGCCAGGCCUGCUGUAUUACAACACGUAGAGCGUAGUUUCAUAGCCUGCAUCCAGGUUGUGUUCAGGAGUCAGCAGCUAAGCUCAAGUUCCACGAUAUUGCAGUGCUAUUACUGUCCAAGAACUGUACCCACAUAAAACACCUCCCCCCAGAGCUCAGCCCCUGUCCUUGGUGAAGUAGUCACAUGGCUCUCCAGCUCAUUCAAGCACACCAGCACUUUACUACUGUGGAUUUACUGUACGCAGGUGGGAGGAGGAUAUUUUGUUAUUGCCAGUCUGACACAAUGGGGGAAAAGAGAUUGCAGACGUGUCUGGAAAAAUGUAAAUUCCAUUCUUGCAGCCCCUCGCACAUAGAAGUGAUUUUUCAUUACUUGGUUACAGGUUUGUACUGUAGAUAUUUUGGAGGAGGGCAAAGAAAAUACUGGUUUUGACUUCUGUGGAUCGCACUCAGCACUAGGUGUGUUCAAGGAGAAAAUAAAAAAACAAGAAAAAAACCAAGAAAACAAAAGCAUUACCACUGUAAAUGAGGCUAUGCCCCAGUCUCUCCUUUUCUGCCCCUUUGGCUAUAAUAACCCAUGUACACUAUUACACGAGGUGACUAGAGUAGGCACAGUACCAUUGCAAUGUCCGUAACAACCUAGUAUAUAUGAUAGAACUUUGUAUUUAAUAGUUAAUAUAUUGUUAUACUGUAUCAGGUAUAUAGGCCAAAACGAGGUCUUUUGGUCAGGGCAACAAAAGGUGGUACUCAUGGGGAAAAUUGAAUUAAAAUGUUCCUUUUUAAAAAAAAAAAAAAAAAAAGACGACAAAAAAUGAGUGUAAAUCUUUACAAAUGACAAAACCAAAUGUGUCCUAUUAAAAGCUUUUGAAAAGAAAAA